AUCAGUACAGUGCGAGGAGAGCGGUCGGUGCGGCGCGACGAGGAGAGCGGCCGGCUGCCGUCGAGCGUGCAUGACUCACACAACACUUAGCACUACUGCUCGCAGAAGAUCAAAAUUUUGCAGUAACCGCCAUCGGAAGCUGCUGCCGCUGCGGCAGACGUGACUGCAGCCCGCUGUCGCGCGUCGCGCCACAUGCCCCGCUAGCACUCCCAGCCCGGAACAAGAAGCAGUGGGUAGCCCGGUUUAGUUAGUUAGUUGUAUUCAUAAGCAUCAACCAUGGGUUCGCUCAACGUGAACCGCAAUGUCGCCGACGCCUUCUACCGCUACAAGAUGCCGCGCAUCUGCGCCAAGGUCGAGGGCAAGGGCAACGGGAUCAAGACCGUCAUCGUCAACAUGCCCGAGGUCGCCAAGGCUCUUGGCCGGCCAGCUACAUACCCGACGAAAUACUUCGGGUGCGAGCUGGGCGCGCAGACGCAGUUCGACUACAAGAACGAGCGCUUCAUCGUCAACGGUUCCCACGACUCGGCCAAGCUGCAGGACCUGCUGGACGGGUUCAUCCGCAAGUUCGUCCUCUGCCCCGAGUGCGACAACCCGGAGACUGAGCUGAUCGUGUCCACCAAGCGGAACACCAUCUCGCAGGGCUGCAAGGCUUGCGGCUACCACGGAACCCUCGACUUCUCCCACAAGCUCAACACCUUCAUACUCAAGAACCCGCCCACCAAGGACCCCAGCACUGAGGUAUUCACUGAGGGCUCGUCGCUGACGGAGGGCAACCGCGGCAAGCGCUCCAAGCGCUCCGGGCCCGGCGCCGCCAACGGCAACCACGACGCCGACAACAACGACGCCAAGCCUGAAAGCGAUACGCCAGCCACCCCCGUGGCGCCGACGCCGAAGAGCAAGAGGGAGCACAAGCAUAAGCACGAUGACGAUGAUGACGACGGCACCUGGACCGUCGACGUCAGCGACGCGGCCGUGCGGGCCCGCAUGCAAGAUCUAACGGAGGGCGCCAAGUCGAUGACCCUGAGCGAGGACAGCGAGAAGAACGAGAAGCAGCGCAUGGACCUGUUCUACGCGUACCUCAAGCAGAAGGCCGCGGCCGGAGACGUGACCUCCACCAAGGCCUGCACCGACUUGCUGCAUGAGGCCGAAAGGUUGGAGGUGAAGUCUAAGGCGCCGCUGGUGCUGUUCGAGGUGCUGGUCCGCCCCGCCGCGCUGGCGGGCGACGUGCGCAAGCACCGCGCCUUGCUGCUGCGCUUCACGCACGGCGACGCGCGCGCGCAGCGGGCAGCGCUGUCCGCCGUGGACGUGCUGUGCGCGCUGCAUCCCGGCCUCGUGCCCAAGGUGGCCGGCGCGCUCAAGUUGCUGUACGACCUGGACAUCGUGGAGGAGAAGGCGAUCGUGGAGUGGUUCAACAAGCCGUCGCGCAAGGCGCUGAGCAAGGAGGUGGCGGCGGAGGUGCGGCGCCGCGCGCAGCCCUUCCUCGACUGGCUGCAGCAGGCCGAGGAGGACUCCGACGAGGACGACGACGAGGAGGGCGAGCUCGAGAUCGAGUACAAUGACCGCGCCGCGGCGACGCCGAUGAAGGCGCAGGCCGCCGCCGCCGCCAAGCCGGCGCCGCGCGACGACGACGACAACGACCUCGACAUCGACGCCAUCUAACCUGCACCCUCCACCCCCACCACCACCACCACCACACACACAAGCGAGCCCGCCGUCGGUCGGCAAACAACUGCUGUCUCUAGGGUUGCCAGUUUCACGGCAUUCGAAAGGCGAGAUUCAAAAAUGCAACCUUAUGUCGACAUCAAUAACGGUAGCGUUCUCAAAUAUAUUAUAUGCGGCGCCUGGUAAUUUGGAUGAAUGAAUGGAUCCUAUUUGACUCCAUUUGGUUUACUGACCGGUGGGACGCUCUGAAACGUCGCAAUAGAAAUACGAGUAUAUCGCUUUUAUAAAAUAUUGAGCAUUUUACUCCGUCUUAAUCGAGUUAUUAGCAGAUUUUUAAUUUCUCGUAAUGUGCAGCUGCCGUUUCGUUUGGUUUGAUUGUUCCAAUAAAAACGUAAACCUCGUUAAAAUAUCACAAUAAUCAAAUAACUUUAGAUAGUUCGUCACGCGAAUCCCGUGCAUUUACUUAUCUGGGAUUUCCGUUGUAUGACAUAUUUCCAAUUUCAAAAACAUUCAUGUGAUAUAAAGUUUUCGACCCAAAUUACACAUUUGGUAAGGAAAAAUAAAUACUAUUUUAUUAUAUAUUUUUAAAUAAUAUUUUAUUGAAGCGAUAUACAAGUACCCAUGUGAAUAAAUGUUCACACACAAGAACUGUUUAAUUUUGACUUAUUUUUAAAAUUUAUUGACAAAUACCUAACGAAAAUAUAAUAGGAUAAAAGACCCGGGACUAUACGUGAAUCAGACUAAAUAAGCCCCAACUUUCCAGGUUAAAUAAUGUACACGAGGCUAACAUGGAUAUUUAGCUCGGUUAUGUAUAGAUCGGGUCUUUUGAACGCUCGAAUCAUCAAUUCAUUCAGUUUUCGUUGAGUACGACCAUACAAUCAUCUACUACACCCGUAACUAUAAUACCAAGUCGAACCAAGUAGUUCGACUACAGAUUGCCCCACCUGUGGCUGAUUGUUUGAUCUCGUCACAUUUAAAACAAGAUCGUUUAGAAAUUAUUUAUUCGCUUGGAUUGCCGAACUGUAUUCAAAUCCAUAUUUUUUACCUACAAUUUAUUUCUAUGCAAUGAAUCGUUUCAUUUUUGAUGAUAUUCUUGUAAAAAUAUAAUUAUGAGAGUCGAAUUAUGUUAUUAAACCGUCGAUAUGGAUGUACGUGUGCGUCUCGUGGAGCAUUUUGAGGAGUGCGCGCACUCGCGCAGGCGCGACGCUAGGCUAGUCUGUAGGUAGAACCUAGUACCCGGCUUGUACCUAGCUAGGCUUAGAUCGCUACCAUUUUCUAUUACCGAAACCUCGUUCCUGUAUCUAUGUAGAUAAUUUUAUUUGAUAUAUUUAAUAUUAUAUUCUGAUUUAUACACGCGGAUUGUCACAAAAUUAAUGCAAAUAAAAUGGGAUCGAGCCUUUUUAUGGAAUAUGUAGAAUUGAUAGACAUUUGUUUAGAGUUAUUGUACAGGGAAUGGCGCGCGGGGUUCGGCGAGGAAACUAACGGAAUUGUCAUUGUUUGGAAAAUGGACUUAGUUUACUGUACAAUAAGGUGCAUUACAGUUUCUUUUCCUAAUAAUCAAAUACAUAAAUUACAUAAUAUAUAGUCGCUGGCAGCUAAGAAGUUAAUCGUAACAUCUGUAAUUUUAAAACAUUUUACCACCUAAACGGACGUAACUGUGUCGAAAUGAUAUUUCAGCGUCUGCGACAUGUCAUGAAAAACAUUUAUAAAUUUCAACAAAUUUUAAGCAGAAGCGUUUAAGAUCUGAUGUUAUACUUCAAGUAAAUGUAACUCUAAUGUUGGUAUCGCAAUAUAGUUUCCUGGACACCGCUCGCGCUUUAGCACAUGUAACUUAGGUUAGUUUAUUUCCUAUCAAGCCUCAAGUACUGCGUUAUUCGGUAAAAUAUCAACCUUAUUAUCUAAGUAAUAAGACCCGAAUUGUAAUGAAAGUGAUGUUCAUCUCAUGUAAUUAGAAAUAUACCGAGUAACGCAGCAUUGUAAGUUUCGUGAAGCGGCCGUGCGUAGCCUGCCUCUACUAUCUAAAUUGCCACCUGACAACUAAGCGUUUGUUUUGUAUUCAAUACAUUUUUGGAUUCUGAA